UUCAGUUAGAAACAGCUCCACGAUGCCGAGGGGGUUUGUUACGGCGGAAAACAGACGGUAACGCUGCGGAUUAAUGUUACACCGUCGAAAUACUUGAUGUUUUCGACCACGCAGAAGGAUGCUUUCUUGAACCAUCUACAGAUGUAUUAUAAGCGGGAUCCUCCUGCUCUUUAGAUGUCUGGGACCCGUUCAUGGCCUCUAAGAAGAAGAAGCAGAAAGGAAUGGUGUUCCAUCAGGAAGGGGCAACUACCCCGGGAGCGGCACCUGCCGCGGACCAUCCACCUGCACGCUUCGUUGUUCCCAAACCGGGGAAGGCAAGCGAAGGAGGGAUGGAGCAAAGCACCCGCGUAACCAAUAAAGAGGCAGAUAUGAUGGGUACACCCAAAAUGUACCCAUCAAAAGAACCCAUCAGGACUUCUGAUGGUCUUCCUACAGUGAAAGACCAUCAGUCGGACAACCUGUCGCCUGAUAGCAUCCGCAAUGGCAUCAAAGUGACCCUGGACAACAAUAGCAUGUGGAACGAGUUUUUCCGAUGCAAAACGGAGAUGAUUAUGACUCAACAAGGCAGCAGGAUGUUCCCCUCCUGCCGCUUUCGAAUCUCCGGCUUGCAGCCAUCAAGGAAGUACUCUUUGAUCAUGGACGUUCAACCGUUGGACAACAGUCGUUACAAGUGGACCGGCAAGAGCUGGCAAGUUGCUGGAAAGGCAGAGUGUCAUGUUAAGAGUCAGCCAUUCGCUCAUCCAGAUUCCCCAUCAGCGGGUCAGCACUGGAUGCAGAAUCCAGUGUCCUUUUACAAACUGAAGCUCACAAACAACAUUUCAGAACAAGAGGGGAACACCAUCCUGCAUCCGAUGCACCGCUACUUGCCGCGACUGCAUGUGGUCCAAACUGACAAAGCUGCUAAAGACAUUAAGCUAAAUGGUCCUAACAUUGUCACAUUCACUUUCCCUCAGACUGAGUUUAUGGCAGUAAAUGCUUACCAGAACUCACGGUUUUCUCAGCUUAAAGUCGACUACAACCCGUUUGCAAAAGGACUGAAGGAGGAAGGCUCCAGUUCGUUGGGCCUUCUAAAGCUGAAAUUGAACUCUAGCAAAGACUCACACAAAGAUGGAGGCACAACAAGCAACGAGCAGCAUCCCGUGAAAAAGAGCUUGAAGUCUUUACUCGCCAACCAUAAACCUAAAAGCUCAAAACCAGUGGAUGCAAAGCCUUCGGGGUCCGGUGACGUCCAGAAAAAACCCACUACAAAAGAAGACCAGUCAGCUGCUAAUGUCACUGGGGAAAGUUCGCGCAGCAGUCCACGUCCAGCUCAGAAGUUAUUUUCUGAACUUAUUCGGGAGGCUCACGUUUCACUGCAUAGAUGCAACCUGGAGGAGUUGGGCAUCAAUAACAGCACCUCUCACAGGACUGAGCGGACCAACACUAAAACCACAGCUUUGAAAAGCAAAGAUGUUCCCAAAAGGGACAGCAUAUCUGGCAAAACACAAAGCGAAACAUCAUCCGCAAAGAAAGUGGACACUGUUGUAACAAAGAGGAAAGUUAAGACGGAUAAGGACCUUUUGAAUUCAUUGAACAGCAAAGACAAUGUUAGGACAGAUUGUUCUGAGGUCAAUAAUGUUGUUGCUGCUCCAGCCGUGGCCCAGAACUCCUCUGUGGACUCAGACCACAAAAGUAAGCCCGAAGCUCCAUCAGAGGUCGAAGUAAAGCGGCAUAAACGGCUGGCGCCUCUGCCUCUGCCAGCCCUGGCUCUUUUCUUGAAGCAGCAUUCGACGAAAUCUAAAAUGGCCAAGAGCAAGCAGGACUCUCCUCCCGCCGAAGCUCCUGCGUGUCCACCUUCUGAUCCCACCAGCAAAGCAACUAAUUCCUCAAAGGACCUCACUGGAGAUCUCACCCACCAGGCCUCCGGACAUACUGAUUCACAUCUUCAUCCAGAUAAAACUGUUUUGAAUGUUACUGGACACACAGUUGGAACUGCCCAUAAGCCUUCUAGUCCUUCAUGUCCAGAUGUUGUUGUCUCUACAGACCCAAAGACACUAAGAUCUGAAGAUUUCGUGGCUUCUGUUUCGGUUGCUGAAAGCACAGGCCCAGAGCCGGCUGUACCACAUGAUACACAAGUGUUACCCAACUCAGAUCUGCCAUUUUGUACACAAAGUACAUGUAUAUCCAACAUUUCCUCAACUCUUGCUACCUCUUCUGUGUCUCCUGUAUUGUCACCGCCCCUUGACACAGUGUUACCUGCCCCGAACUCGCCACAAACGCCAACCAUCACCGAGUCAUCCACACUACCUUCAGACUCGUCAACAAUGAAGUCUGAUUCUUUGCUACCUGACCCUGAGUGUUCUUCGUUUGGCUUUGAGCCUUUGUCACCUGCGAGCUCUCCAGAACCGUUACCUUCCCUGCCCAUCUCGUUUUCUUUCGAACUUGACGCCACUACUUCCGAAACAACUCCAAAAGAAGUAUGUCCCGAAGAGCUACAGCACAGUGAAGACUCUUCUGCAUCUGUGUUCAAAUGGCACACAGUGUUACCUCCGCCUGAGCCGUACAUAGACACUUCGUUCACAACAUUUCAGCCCACACCACAGACUCUUCCUUUAGCGUCUGUUACGUCUCCUUUGUUGCCUUCCCAGACUGAACCACAGACUCUUGACACCUCCACACCCAUGCCUCCCUCUGAUCCCGCUCCGUCAUUUCAAGAAAACGAACAGUCGCUGCCCUUCCCUGCAGAACUGUCCCCCCUCGCGCUUCAGUUGCCGCUGUCUCCAACCUUUUCGUCAUUAGGCGGAGACGGAUUGUCACCUACGCCUUCACUCUCCGACCUCGUGCACUUUUUCUCCAUCGAUGACAACCUUGGGAUGGAGGUGGAGUUUGCAAGCACAGAGCCAUUGACUGUUCCCUUCCCACCUCUGACUACAGUAGAAGUGAAUGCUCAUGACCCUUCUCAGCAGGUGCAACCAAUCCCAGCCAACAAACCCUGCAAACGCAAGAAAAAGUCCCGGCAGCGAAAGCUUGCUAAAAUGGAUAUUAACCCAGAGAUGGAUGCCUCCCUCUACACUAAAAUGCAGCCUAACCUGGAGGAAGUGGAGGAACAGUUAUUUGUCUCAUUCACAUCAAAGGAGGCCCUCAAACUUCACAUCGUAGACUCUUCUGAUGUCGCCCAACAGCCUGAGACGACACCUGAAGGUCACCUGCAACAAACAGCCGACGCACCUGAAAACGUAGAGACGGCCGAGGGUUUGGAGGAGAAGAUCUCUGCCUUUGAGAAGAUUCUCCUGAGAGACUUGAAGCUGAUGAGACACCGACAGGUGAUCCACCCGGUGCUGCAGGAAGUUGGUCUGAAGAUGAACCUGUUGGAUCCGACUCUGGCCAUCGACCUGCAGUACCUGGGAGUCCGUCUGCCCAUCCCCCCCCCUGGAGUCUCUCUGGAGCCACUGACCCCCCCACCACCACAAGGUGUUUCUGCAGCGUUUGUGUCCAGAACAGGAAAAACAACCGAUGUGACUCAGAUUAAAGGCUGGAGAGAGAAAUUCACGCCAUCUGAGGCUCCGCCCACUCCGACGCCAACGCCAACGCCAACACCAACCAAACCUGAAGAGGUCGAACUGAGUGGUAGUGAGAAACAGCUGGAAGAUCGAAGACUGAAAAACACAGAGGCUGGAGGUCAGACUGGGGCUGAUAGAAAACAGCUGGAAGAUCUGGAGCAGAAACCAGGUCGAUUCCAUUCAUCGGAGGAGGUCUGGACAUCUGAAGCUGCCGUUGCUGCAAUGCAUGUCCAGGUGUGUGUUCCCACCUUCAAAAUCCAGAAGACUGCUUCUUCAGCUUCCGCGGCGGCAGAUUGCCUGAAGGUUGCCUUGGAGUCCUCUACCUGUACUGCAGCCGGUAAUCCUGUUCAACCUGGACUGAAGCGACCACCGGCGGCUACAGCGUCCCGUCCAGCGCCUGGCUCUGCACACGCUGGAGGCGACCGGUCACGCCUCAGUCUGCCGGCCAGCUACCCGGCUCGACUCGAGAAACUUCCGCGUCUUCUCCGGCUUCCUGCUGGUGGCCUCUGGCAGGGACAGUCCCGGGAUCAGAAGAGUGCAGAGAGUAGGGGUUGA